AUGAGAAUAGAAUCCGAAUCCCGCAUUUCCAUGCCCAUAUCCCGGGGUCGAGACCCGAUCGACCUCGACUCUGGGAUUCGUUUUUGUGUGUGUGUGCGUGUGUGGGGUCUCAUUGGGUUGGGAUCGACUUGGGUGGGGAGUAGGGUAAUUGGGAUAUUGUGUGCCACCGCGAAGGCCGAUCGUUUCGUGGUGAUUUUGGAUUUGAAUAAACCGUUGGUAUUAUUGGAGUUCGAUGAAGGGUUUUUACUCUCUUGGGACCUGAAGGUCGACGAGAAGAAAGGCUUGGAUAAGGUGGAUCCGGAACUGAUAUUCACGAAGCAGGAGCGGAUCGGCAAGGGUUCUUUCGGGGAGGUGUUCAAGGGCGUGGACAAUCGAACGACGCAGAUCGUUGCUAUCAAAAUCAUCGACCUCGAAGAAGCGGAAGAUGAAAUCGAAGAUAUUCAGCAGGAAAUCAUGGUGUUGUCCCAGUGCGACUCGCCAUUCGUCACCAAAUACUUUGGCAGCUACCUCAAGGGAACGAAAUUAUGGAUCAUCAUGGAGUAUUUGGGAGGCGGGAGUGCCUUGGACUUGAUGAAGGCCGGACCCUUUGACGAACUGCAUAUCGCCAUUAUUUUAAGAGAGGUGCUGAAAGGAUUGGAUUACCUGCAUUCUGAACGAAAACUUCAUCGGGAUAUCAAAGCGGCAAAUGUAUUACUCAGCGAACACGGGAACGUGAAGUUGGCGGAUUUCGGCGUGGCGGGCCAGCUGACGUCGACGACAUCGAAGCGCAACACGUUCGUCGGGACGCCGUUCUGGAUGGCGCCCGAGGUGAUCAAGCAGUCGGCGUACGACUCCAAGGCGGACAUUUGGUCCCUGGGCAUCACGGCCAUCGAGCUGGCCAAGGGUGAGCCGCCCAACUCCGAGCUCCACCCCAUGCGCGUCCUUUUCCUCAUACCCAAGAACAGCCCUCCGCAACUCACGGGCAACUACACGCGACAGUUCAAGGAGUUUGUCGAGACCUGUCUCAACAAAGACCCGGAAAACCGACCGUGUGCGAAGGAUUUACUGCGACAUCCGUUCAUCCGCAAGGCGAAGAAAAAUUCGUACCUCGUCGAUCUCAUCGAGAGGUAUAAGAAGUAUAAAGCUGAUCAUGGUGCUGAAUCAGAUUCCGAUACCGACGGCUCUGAAUCCGAGGGUUCAAUGCACGAUCGAGGGCCAGACGACGACUGGGUAAUGACAAUCAAGGGUCCCUCGUCCCGGACGGAUCCGUCGCUGGACGUGUUCCCACGACACGUCAACUCCCUCAACAAUAACGACGACAUUGCUGACGCGGAGGAACGGAGGAACCGACGGCAAGUGCCAGCAUUCUCGUCAAAGGCGCUCGACGAGGACGACGAAGAAGCCGUCGUUCAGGCGUCGGCGGCGGCCAGUGCUGCCCUGUUGCGCGGCAAGCGGAAUAGUUGGCAAGGCGGAGAGGCGGACACCUCUUUGCCCAAACCGGCGCCGUCUCCGGCGUCGCGACCUGUGUCAGUGCACGGAGAUGUGCCUGUCAUCGCCUCGCCCGUCAAGUCCCAAAAGGACAACUGGAAGUCGUCGCCGAAAAAGGACAGUCCGAGCCGGCAGCUGAGAGAGAGCAGCAGUGCAUUGCUAAACGCCAGUAACGCGUCCGAAACGAAGCCAGAAAAGCCGAGCCAGAACAAAUCGAAGCCGCGUAGCGGAUCCGGGUCAACGACGGCGCUCAACCACACCACGUCGGCUCAGUCGUCGUCGUCGUCGUCGACGUCCUCGUCGUCCUCGUCGACGAAUGCCCUCAACAAGGGCAAGCAGGACGACGUGUCGCACUUGGUGUCCUCCCAACACCCGCCAUCGUACCUUUUGUCGUGCGUCAUUCACCCGCUCCUCUCAGAGCUCCAGAGGAGGCAUCGAAAUAACGUACGGCGUCCCGAGUCGAGCGUGAAGUCAGACGCCAUCGGGGAGUUGAAGAACGCAUUCGAGCUGGCUGAGAGAAACUCGCCUGGACUGAGUCAAGUUUUCGUCGCUCACCUUUUCAAGAAACUUGGAACGAGUGACCAGCGGAGAGACGAGUCCCGAAUGGGUUCCUGUGAACCAUUCUUCAAGAUUGAAGACCCGAAAUCGCUCCGUGUUUCUGCUGGACGUCUGGAACGUGGCAUCUUGUCUGUCGGACAACAAAUGUCUCAGCUGCUCCUCGGGGGACACAAACCCACCGAAACUCGGAUUAAUUCUUCUGGUUCUCAAGAAACCCUGGAUAACUUCGAGAGAAAAUAUGAGCCUUGUUCCUGCUCGUCCGUGAAAGCAGAUGAACGGCGGGUUGCGAAUAUUGAUGACCUUGAGGCUGGAGUAGUGAUGGACAAACGUUGCGCUGGGCGACAAUACGCACAUUUGAAUAAGCAUGAUGCUUCCUCAUCACGGCGCCGUGACUUGGGAGACGAAGUUGAUUGGUGGGAAAAUCGGUUUACUCCCGGCCGUAACGGAGCCCCGGACGGGAUGACAUGGCAAGAACGCAAGCAUCAACGCUGCGGGCGGAAAUUCAUCCACCCGUCAUGCGUCCCAAUCACCAUUAUCGUGAUCCUCAUCCUCCUCGUCGCCCUGCUUCCUUUGCUGGAUCGUGACAACGUCGCUGAUGCGCAACCGAAACACUCAAAUAAGAAAUGGAAGGACUUUGGUGGUCAGUUUAAGAAUCUCGUGUCCCAUCGUGUGGAAGAUUGCGGUACGACCUGCAAAUUCUCUCUGGUCGAAAGCAUACCUGAGAAGAUGGAUAUCUCUGGAGCGAAUUACUCUUCGACUUUCGAGUCGUGGGUCGACCUGAUUGAAGGAGCCACGACGAGCCUGGAUCUUUUGGUGUUUUACUGGAGCCUGACGGCCGAGAGCACGAACUCCACGCACGAACUGGCACAUCAAGGCGAAGUGAUCUUUGAGAGUCUCAAGUCAGUGGACACGACCAAAGUUCGUUUCCGCGUUGCGCAAAAUGCUCCUUCGGCUUCGUUCCCCAACACUGAGUCUGCAGACUUGCCUGCCGAAGUACGAAAUGUGGAUAUCGCAGGAUUAACUGGCGGAGUCCAGCACUCCAAGAUGAUCCUUGUAGAUGGUCAGCAUGCGUAUCUCGGAAGCGCUAAUAUGGAUUGGCGAUCGUUGACGCAAGUGAAGGAGAUCGGGUUGUUUGUCAAGGACUGUCCGUGUGUAGGCGGGGAUUUGCAGAAGAUAUUUGAGAUUUAUUGGACCCUGGGGCAACCCGGAGCUACGAUCCCGGACAAAUGGCCUGAGGAGUUGGAUACUGAGUACAACAUGGAUCGUCCCAUGGUUUUAACUGUUAAUGGAACCUCUCCUUCUCGUGUUUCCAUUGGCGUUAGUCCCCCGCAGUUUCGAACUACACGGAGGGACCGGGAUUUGGACAUGAUACUGAGACUCAUUGAGACCGCGGAGGAGUUCGUUUAUAUCUCUGUCAUGGACUAUUUCCCGACUAGUCUGUACCGGGGCACCGAUAAUCGGUACUGGGAUACACUUGAUACGGCUUUAAGACGCGCCGCGUUCGAUCGCGGAGUGAAAGUUCGUGUGAUGGCUUCCAUUUGGAACAGCACCCGGCCAAUCAUGCGCAGGUUCCUGCAGUCUCUGAAAGUGCUUGAAGGAAGUGGAAUAGACAUUGACACGAAACUUUUCCGUGUUCCUGCCUAUGACGAGGAGCAAGCAGCGAUUCCUUUCGCUCGUGUGAACCAUAAUAAAUACGUCGUCACGGAAAGCACGGCCUUCAUGAGUACUUCGAAUUGGUCCGAGGACUAUUUCACAAACACAGGCGGGAUCGGAGUGUCGAUCACGCAAGACAAAGAUGCCGAGGCUUCUUUGCAGCGACAGCUUGAGGCCGUUUUCUCGAGGGACUGGUUCUCCGAAUUCACCGAGGAUCCUUGAGAUUUUCGUGUUCUGUUUCCUGUUAAAAAGACUGAAUUUUCGCGGAACGUUUUCUUAAAUUUUUUACAGCCUCGCUUUGGUGAUCAGCUUGACCUGGAUUGCUUAUAUAUUCAGCGGACAUUCGAAGUAUAAUGUUUUCCUUUUGGGCAUUGACUGUAAACUUGAAGACUGAUGAAACUGAUUCUGGUUGCGAUA